AUUGCCUUUCUCGAGAUCUUAAUCCGUCGACCCGUGGAAACUCAUUUUCUCAUGAAAGUUUCCUCGAUUAUUACGGCAAACCGAAUAGCAUUAUCAUUGCUCUUAAAAUCGCGUAUUAUCUGCUUUUGCUCCUUUAUCGAUCGGUAGACACCGGGUUUCGACAAACAAACUUUGGAAUUCGUUACACGCAAUGAAACUCGUUUUCUAGUAAUUUCGUCGGCGAUAUUACAAAUUAGGCGCAGUCAAAGUUGUUAUCUCCCUUUAUGGUAGUUUACUGUACUCCUAUUAUAUACUGCAUCUAUGUAUUCAGAUUUCCUCUUUAAUUAUUAUAAAUUACAUCGGAAAAGGGAGAAGCUGCGCGAUUCAACGUAAACGACAUGUUCCGUCAUAUCUGCGCCUUCUGUUAGACCGUUCGAUUGCGCCAGAUCGAUGUUCGCCUUGGUCUAAGUAAGGAAUUAAUUACGAGCCAGUUGCGGCGAGCUUUCCAAUCGAUCCCCGAUUAUUUCGAAGAAUUGCUAUUUCCACACCCGUUCGCCACAACGGGCAAUCCUAUUACGCAAGUCACAGCGCGGUUUUUGUAACCGACAACGUACGGGGGUGUAAUUUUCCAACUUUCUUAUUUACACGGUUUGUCGAAAUUCUUCGCCAAUGUCGCAUAUAAAACGAAUGUUUACAAGCAGAUUCUUUAGUAAAACUGUCGAAGAUCGUAGGAUAGUUCUAAGACGUCGCUAUGACAUACAGUAUGAGAUACUACUUGUGUCUCGCGAUCGUUGUCGUUUGCGAAGCGGCAAGAAUACCCAGAGUAACCGAGCAACCAUAUUUUCCGAAUUUUCAAGAUAUUUAUCCGAAUCGUAAUUAUCAAACUGAGUCAGCGAAUAACCACGAUGGUGGGCCAUUUUUUGGAAACUAUAGAGCGCAUGAAGGGAACGCAGGUAUAGGAAACGAGUUUUACGAUCAUCGAACUCCCAUCGGUGGCCGAGAAAAUUUUGUUCAUCAUCUUACAAGAGUUCCAUUCGAAGAAUUUAGAGGCCGAGACGCUGUUCCCCGGCAUUAUGACCGAUUUAAUCAUGCGAUUAAUUACGAUUACCAGUUAUAAAAAUUGUAUCAAGUUUACGUUGAUCUGAUGUAUAUCGAAUAUAAUUAAUGCUGCAAACGGA